UUGCUCAGUACUGUUUCUUGGCUGCUCCCAACCAAAAUGAGCAAAAUCCGUCCGUCUACGAUUGAUGAUGCCAUUAAAAAAAUAUUAGAUUAUUCUCUAAACCCAAAGACAAAGAGAAACUUUGUCGAGACGAUCGAGUUGCAAAUUGGUCUCAAAAAUAUCGAUCCAUCACGUGACAAACGUUUCGCCGGGUCAUACCGUCUGCCCUAUGUUGCCCGUCCAAAAACGAAAGUAUGCGUCAUCGGCGAUCAAAAGCACCUUGACAUAUGUAAAGAGCUCGGUGUCAACGCCGUGAGCGUCGAUGACUUGAAGAAAUUUAAUAAGAACAAAAAACUGAUCAAAAAAUGGGCUAGAUCCUAUGACGUUUUAUUGGCUACCGACACUCUCAUUCGUCAGAUUCCUCGUUUGGUUGGUCCUCAGCUCAACAAAAUGGGAAUGUUUCCAUCUCCCAUUGCCCAUACCACCAACAUUUUGGAAAAAAUUACAGAAAUUAAAUCCACGAUCAAAUUCCAACUAAAAAAAGUUUUGUGUCUCGGUGUGGCUAUUGGCCACGUGAAUAUGUCAAAGACCGAGAUAAAAACUCAUGUCAAUCUGUCCAUCAACUUUUUAAUCUCUCUUUUGAAGAAAGGCUGGCAGAACAUUCGAUCGAUCUACGUGAAAAGUACCAUGGGACCUCCCGUGCGUAUUUGUUAACCUGCUAUGACCGAAUAAAACCGUUUUUUACCU